CCUCACAGGCGGGCGGCACCGCCAUGGCGGCGGUGCGGGACGUGGAGAUCGACCCCGAGGGCACGUUCAAGUACAUCCUGGUGCGCCUGCAGCGCCCCGGCGGCGAGGAGCAGCGGGACAUCGUCCGCGGCACCAAGGCGGCCGAGUUCCACAAUCACAUAUUUGAAAAAGUAAAUCCUGAAAUGGAAAAGCUGGGAUAUGAGUGCAAGUGCCUUGGAGGAGGGAAAAUCGAUCAUAAUAGCAAAGACAAGAAAAUUAGGGUAUUUGGGCUCUCUACAGGCUACGGAAAAGCAGAUCAUUCGGUGACUGUAGAGAUACUGAAAAAAGUGUAUACGGAUUAUGAAAUUACAUGGUCAGAUGACAAGAAAUAAAUCGGCUACUUGAGAACACAACAAGCAGUUCAAAACUGGUAACUCUGUGAGCUGUACUUUGAUAAAUAAAAUUCAAUGUGUCUUCUAUGUAUGUUACCAUGAA